AUGGCCGUCAAGUCGAGCUCGAUGGUUCUAUUCGAUCCCGACAACCAAAGGGAUGCAAACAUGGAUACUCAAUAUAACAGCUCGACUCAGACCAAAGGAUAUCUUCAGAAUUUCUACCACUAUCCCGACAUCGGAACCACCAAGUUACCGCCGCAGGCGAGUGAUCGCUUAUACUCGGUGAUUCCAUGUCACUUAGGGAGUGGGGUCGACCCCUCGCUAACGACGAUGGGCACCCUUGGAAUGCAUCAACCUCACAUCUACCACAGUCUGCGGCGACCCGUUCCUCCUGUACCUCAGAGCAAACGGAAAACCCGGCUAAAACCGAUUCUGAUCGUUGUUUGCGCGAGCUUUUUUGUCAUUUCUGCCAUAUCCAUCGCCCUGGUGGCUUCGUUAUCUGGUAUCGCCCAGAAUCAGGACAAACGGACCAGUUCUCCGGUAGUCAUUCCAACCGGUUCUUCGUCGAGGUUCCACUACCAGCAGCCUCCCCCAGAACUGGAUGACUUCGAGUCAAUGAAUAUUCCUCAUUCGCACAUGCAGCAAACGUGGAACGUCGUGGACGCCAGCUUCCGGCUCGUCAACAAGCGGUUCCAGUCUGAACUGCAGAACCCGAACGGGUUCCCGUUCAAGAGCCUCGCCUCUGAAGUCAAGAGAGCGAUGGACGAAUUGUUUUACUUGGGAAAGCUGUCCGGCGAUUACAAUCACACUCAGGUGCUCAGUUUCAAAGAAGGUCUGCUCGUUCAGACGCGGCUAUUCUUCAAUAGGAAAGUUUCGUUACCGGAGGUGGGGCGUGCGUUCUACGGAGUCCUACGUCAGGACCACGGACACCUGCCCGCCGGCUUCCAAGUCGACAUACGCUCGCUCAAGUUCUCUGGGGUGCGUUCGGUCAACACGGUGAGCAUGACCCCGACGCCCCCAUCCUCGGCUCAAUGGUCGCCCUGGUCUUCCUGGUCGACAUGUACUCGGACGGAUCAGAUCUGCGUCCGUUCCCGAAGGAGAACCUGUCUCGCACAGAGGCAAGGGGAUCUCUGCCUCGGUGGCAAGGAAGUAGAAUUCGAGGAGUGCAAGUGCCCUCCGGAGGCGAGAGUUACCACCGAAGAUCCCCAUCGCAACAGCAGAGCUCCGCCGACGCCGCCUCCUAGCAACAUACCGAAGCCCCAACCUCCAGAAGGUUCAAAUCAGGCGCGAGCUAACGACCCCCCGACAGAAGGUUGCCAUGCAGACGAGUGGAGGUGCGGAAAUAGCCAGUGUAUCCCGAACACGAACCGCUGCGACGGCCACACGAACUGCUACGAUUCUAGCGACGAACGCGACUGUGAAUGCUCUGGCGUCGAGUCCGGGACACACUUCCGCUGUGGGAAUUCCACCUCGUGCUUGCCCAUCGAGAAGCGUUGCGACGGCGUCAUCGAUUGCUGGGACGAAACGGACGAAGAAAACUGUCUGUGUCCUCCCGAUCAGCACCGCUGCGAAAAAGCAGCGACGUGCAUACCGCGCACGUUCUUCUGUGACGGUUUCGUCGACUGCCCUAACGGCGAUACGAGCGACGAGCCUCCGAAUUGUGAUGCCUUCUGUGCCGGGGAUAACUUCAGACAAUGUGCGAACGGUAGAUGCGUUCCAAAGGAGGUCUGGUGCGAUGGCUUCGACUCCUGCGGAGAUGGUUCCGAUGAGAAGGAUUGCUGAAGCUGAACCGGCACUGUGAGAGAAGGGGGAGAUAGUCGCGAUCGUCGUCGGCGAUCGAACAACAAGUCGAUGUACAUACUGUUGUGAUACGGAGACGAGACCAAUGGGCACGCAUUGAGGUGGCAGCGGCAUGGCCUACACAUCCUCAUGAAGACUGAACAUGAAUCCGAUGGAUGAAAAUUCAGAAGAAAAUUCGGAGCGAGGAAUCACCGCACAUUGAAAUCUUGCGCCACGGAAGGAAAUACGGCGCUCGAUAUCAGCGAGGAUGGAUUCCCUCGUUCAUGAAAAUGAUCAGAUUGACUGAGAGACGAACGAUAA